AUGGUAUCAGCGCCGUCUUUGUCGGAAAACCUCCUGAUCAACGUGACAGCAAGGGUACUGGAAGAUAAUCAAGAGUCUAACUUGCAGAUUCAUUUUAAUUUUUCAGUUGUAGGUCGAAACAACAUAUUGUUAAACGAUGUUCCUGUGGCGUAUUCGGGGGUGACCCGAGUCAACUGUCAAGCCCUUCUCCUAAAUAGCACAAAUGGAAGUAGUGUGUUUGAAGGCGGAGACCUGGUAUCUACUGUCACUCGGGUUAUGGUGACAGAUUCGCGACUGCAUGAUGAUUAUGAAGAGGUGGUGACUCUGUACGUGUUUAGUGAAGUCAUCGAGUUGGAGGGCAAACAGGUUCAGCAGCCUGAUAUGAGUGGGGUGAAAAUACUGUUGAUUGAUGAUUUUGUUAAACAAUCUGAGUAUACCAACAUUUACCCAAUGACACACAGUGAGAUUGUCAAGGUUUCCCAAGAAAAUAAUGUGGUUUUCACAGAUCCAACAAACUAUAAAAGAGCUGAAGAGCAAAUGAUGCUACAGACGACCAGUCAGUACCCUCUGAAAAACUUGGAGACGACACAAGAAGAGAUCGCCCCUGCAGGAAAACUUCCAGAGACACCACUUCGCAUGGAUCCUGAUCUCUUGACUGAUAUAUUGUACAAACCAAACGCAGUUGAAGCGAAAAGUCAAGAAGAUAUGAUUCCAAUUAAGAGUACACCCAAAGAAUUCCUCUCAUACUCGGCCAUGUGUCGCUGGGCGGAAGAUUUUAGGGAGCGACUAAGAUAUUUCUUCUCCGAGUCAAUUCCAACCUUCUUCCUGAUUAUGUGUGUGGUCGUCGUCGGUGUUGUCGGAUCCGGGCUCAUUGUCAAGAUGUUGGAAUUCGUCUUCCCAUUUUUUGAACACAAGCCCGUUUGUCAGCUUACCUCAGUCACACUGUUGACGGAAGACGAGAAGCACCCUCUUGUGGAGAACAGAGAAUUAGAAGAAGAGGAAAUUGAGGACAUCGAGGACCUCUUUAUCUUCGGCUCCCUGAUGGUGCUCGCCUUCCUGUUGCUUCUUGGUGCCUUCUGGGUUCACCGAUUCUCGAUGAGAAUGAAGAGUCAACUCAAAGAGGCAAUGGAGGUUGCUCGUAACAACGGCGACAAAUUGUCACAGAUGACGAAGGAUCAAGCAGCCGUUAAGCGAUGCCACCGCUCAAAUGGUCCCAAAAAUCAUCACGGAGCUCCGGGAUAA